AUGGGAUCUGUCAAGAAUGAAGAAAGCGUCUACUAUCUGAAAGCUGAUGAUGAAGAGCGUGCUAGACUUAACAAUCAACACCGAGUUUUAAUCCACAUCAUCGACAACACCAUUCUCCACGCUCCCAUUGACCCGUCGACUAUCAACAGGGUGGUAGAUGUAGGAACAGGAACGGGCAUCUGGCUCGAUACUCUAGCUGCUUAUCUUGAAGCUUUCCCAACAAACUCGGGCAGCAAACGCCAAUAUGACGGUCUCGACAUUACUGACGCAAACUUCCCUGCUACGAAAACGGAAAACUUCCAAUACAGUGUCUACAACAUUCUCCAUCCUGUUCCGGAAGAUCUGAAAGGGAAGUUUGAUUUGGUCCACGUGAGACUGUUAGUGUCGGCGCUGUCGAUAGGUGACACAAAGACAGCGGUAGAAAAUAUUGCCCAGCUUUUACGACCUGGCGGCUGGAUUCAAUGGGAUGAGCUUGAUGGCGAUAGCUGGGCAGGAAGAAUCCCGAGUCCCCACGUAAAGGAAAUGAAUGAGCUUGUCCGAGGCUUUAUGAGCAGCAAGGGUAUGGAACUGGAUGUCCCCUCGGCGUUUCUGGAAGCUGCGAAGGCCCAUCCAGACUUUCAAAACGUCUCUGAGAAGAUUUUUAAUACUGUCGAAUACGGUUUCGAGGUAAAAGAUGCCAUUAACCUGACCUUUCUAUGGUCCUGCACUACAGCUUCGAAGACGAUUAUUCAGGCUAUUGGAAAGCCUGAUGCGGAACAGGAGAUCAAGAGGCUUGCAGAUGGUGCAAAGGCUGACAUUGAGCGUGAUGGGAUUUUCUGGGAUUCCGAUGAGCACGUUUUACUUGCGCAGAAAAAGUAA